AUGGGUCGACGAUCUAUAAACACCACUAAAAGUGGUAAAUACAUGAAUCCCACUGACCAAGCACGAAAAGAGGCCAGAAAACAGGAGUUGAAAAAGAACAAGAAACAGAGGCAGAUGGUACGGGCAGCAGUAUUGAAAGGCAAAGAUCCAUCUCAAAUUCUGGAAGAAAUGGAAAAGAUUGACCAAAUGGAAUAUAAUGUCAACCAUCCCUCCCCAUUAAACGAAAAAGUAUUGAAAGAUAAAAGAAAGAAACUUCGAGACACCUUAGAUAGAGUUCUUAGUAUGUAUUACAAAGAUGAUCAGGAGAAAUGGUCAGAUUUGAAAAGAAGACAGAAUGAGUAUGAAUCCAAAAGAAACCAACUGGUGACAUUUUAUGAAUCAGUCAAAAGUGCUCAGCAAGUAACAGUGGAUGAAAUUCCAUUGCCACAGUUGCCUCAACAGCCUACAUUGGCAAAUAAUGCUCCUGCCCAAAUUCCUCUACCUACAGCUGAGAGAAAACAAGAACACACUAUUUAUUCUAUUGCUACAGCAUUGAAGCUACAAGCCCUGGGCCAACCGGUGCGCGAGCCGCCCGGCUGCCCACCAGGCCCCGCCCCCGACGUCGACGACGACGGCGAAGUGGAGGAGUUCGGCGGCGGGGGCGCGUGGAAGACCUCGACGGAGGCGGGGGAGCGAGAGGCAGUGGCGGGAGGCUCGGAGGCGGAGGAGGAGGAGGAGGAGAUGGUGGAGAUGGCGAAGGCGGCGCCGGUGAAGCCGACGUCGCUGCAGCAGAAGAUGGUGGCGCUGAGCGGGCAAAACGUCGACGAGUUCAUGAAGGAGAUGGAGACGGUGCAGAAGAAGCUGGAGGGGAGCAGGGAGGAGGAGGCGCGAGCGAGGUUGACGGUGCACACCGAACCGCUGCUGCCGCCCGGCACCGAGCUGCCCCUGGCGGCCGCCCAGGCGCCGCUGUCCCAUCCGCACCUCUUCCCUGCCGGCAUCAGGCUGCCUCCCGGACCGCCCCCGGGCAGGCCGCUCAUGCCACCCGGACCUCCGCCCGGCCUGCCGCCCCGGCUGCCCGUCGUCAGGAUGGCGCAGGUGCAGGUGCAGGUGGCCCCGAGGGUGAUCAGGAUCCCCGCGCCCCCGCAACUCGUGCAACCCAACGUCCUCUCCGCCGCGCCGCAGCUCAUCGACCGCCCCGCCGAAUCAUCGACCAAACAGGGCGCCACCAUCAGCGCCAAGCCGCAGAUCAGGAACCUGAGCGCAGACGUGACGCGCUUCGUGCCGUCGACGCUGCGCGUGAAGCGCGAAGACAAGCGGCCGACGAGGAGCGCAGGCGCGCUGGCCAGAGAGAUGAGGCAGAAGGAGAUGAACAUGCACAGGGGCAUGAUGGCGGCGGGCGGGCACGCCAAGGACGACGCGUACAAGCAGUUCAUGCAGGAGAUGGAGCAGCUGCUGUGAAGCGGCCGAAGGGGAGGGGGAGGUUUUUUGUUUGUUUGUUUUUUUUUUCGUUCUGGUCUUGCAUUGACUGGUGUGUCAGUAAGGAGAGCUCACAUUUUCAGUACUACAACUUCUCCAGAAAGCGUCAUUUGUAUUUCAGAAUAGUCACUUGUAUUUCAGAAUAG